GUUCUUCUCCUUCUCAAUCCUCUCUCUCUCCAUCGAUCUCUCCCUCAGGCCUCUCCUCUCUCUCUCUCAAACUUUCUUGGAUCUGUAGCAGAACUGCAUCACUCUGCAAAACUUGUCUGUCAUAUUCAUAUAUACCUCCCAUGAUUUUCUCUCCUAUCCCAAUUCAAUAAAAGAGAAAUCUAGCAUACAUUUUUUUUCUUUUUCAUAACCGAGAAUGCGUAAUUUCAGUUCUUGUUGUAUCAAACGAGAAUUCCUGAAGAAAUGGAUAAAGGGUCUCCAAGUAUGCAAUAGCAGCAGCACCUUUUCGAAGAGAAAGAUGACCAACUUAGACAGAAAGAAGGCUAUCAAGUUGUCAGCAGAUAUAGCCAUGGCUUCAACAAGAAAUGGAACUACAAGUUGGAGCCGCGCCGUCAUAGCCAAUGCUACUGACAAGAACGACGGCAAUAACAGAAUCGUGGUCGAGCGUAUACUGGGUGGUGCUGCUGCUGCUGCUGCUGCUGGUUGUCCUCGUUGUCAUCCUGAGCACUGUGAGAUUAAGAAAGCUUCAAGAUCAGUGUCGUCCGUGGUGCACAAGAAGAUCUUGAAAAAGAGCCGGAGGGUACGUAGUACUAAUGUGUUGAGGAGGAAACGUGCAAAAACCCAUCCGAUUACAAAGAGAUUGGUCCGGAAGAAAACACAAGUGCUCAAGAGUCUUGUUCCUGGAGGACAAUCCAUGGAUGAGCUCUCUUUGAUUGAGGAAACACUAGAUUAUAUCGUGUCACUGAGAGCUCAGGUUGAGGUAAUGCGGUGUCUUGCCACCACCGCUGAGUUAAUAAAUGGUACAUAAGAAUAAUAUCGAUGGUAGUAAAUUAAUUAAUUAUCGGCUCCAUCUUAUUAAUUAUUAAUUAUGCUUUUCAAAAUUUCUAUUUCUUUUCCUUAUUUUUCCCUUUUUUAAAUAGUAGUACUAGUUAUUUCGAUAUAUGGCUGUAACCGUAAGGUGCGCAAUAUUGUACAGAUCGAGAAUACAUUUCAGUACAUCAAAGGAAGGAGUUUCAAUGUUUAAUAAUUUGUCAGCUAUAUCAAUUCAUCUGCA